CCCUUCCGGAGGGGGCGGCAGGGCCCCCGCCUGGGGGUGAUGCUGGUGGGCUGGGGGGGCAACAACGGCACAACGGUGACAGCGGCCGUGCUGGCAAACAGGCUGGGGCUGUCCUGGAUGACCAAGACGGGGCGCAAGAAAGCCAACUACUACGGUUCCCUGCUCCAAGCCUCCACUGUCUGCCUGGGCACCGGCCCCACCGGCGAUGUCUAUGUGCCUUUUCGCGACCUGCUGCCCAUGGUGCACCCCAAUGACAUCGUCUUCGAUGGUAGGUAGGGCAUGGGGGGGACCCCACGAGGGGCGGAGGUGCUGGACUGGCCACUGCAGGAGCAGCUCCUGCCCCACCUGGAGAAGAUGAAGCCUCGACCCUCCAUCUACAUCCCCGAGUUCAUCGCCGCCAACCAGGAGGAGCGGGCGGACAAUGUCCUCCAUGGGUCCAUGGCUGAGCAGAUGGAGCAGAUCCGCAGGGACAUCCGGGACUUCAAGGAGACCAGCGGGGUGGACAAAGUCAUCGUCCUCUGGACGGCCAACACGGAGCGCUUCUGCGACGUCGUGCCAGGGCUCAACGACACUGCUGACAACCUGCUCCGCCCCGUGUCCCCACAGCGAGGCCUGGAGGUGUCCCCGUCCACGCUCUUUGCUGUGGCCAGCAUCCUGGAGGGCUGCGCCUACAUCAAUGGCUCCCCUCAAAACACCUUUGUGCCGGGGGCGGUGGAGCUGGCUGCCCAGCGCCGCGUCUUCAUCUGUGGCGAUGACUUCAAGUCGGGUCAGACCAAGCUCAAGUCGGUGCUGGUGGACUUCUUGGUGGGUGCUGGACUCAAGACCAAGUCCAUCGUGAGCUACAACCACCUGGGGAACAACGACGGGAAGAACCUCUCGGCCCCGCAGCAGUUUCGCUCCAAGGAGAUCUCCAAGAGCAACGUGGUGGACGACACAGUCCAGGCCAACCCCGUCCUCUACGGCCCCCAGGACAAGCCUGACCACUGUGUGGUGAUCAAGUACGUGCCCUACGUGGGGGACAGCAAGCGUGCGCUGGAUGAGUACACGUCGGAGAUCAUGAUGGGUGGCACCAACACCAUUGUCAUCCACAACACAUGCGAGGACUCGCUGCUGGCCAGCCCCAUCAUCCUGGACCUGGCUAUCCUCACGGAGCUGUGCCAGCGUGUCACCUUCUGCACCGAGGCCGACCCCGAGUUCCAGGGCUUCCAUAGUGUCCUCUCCAUCGUCGCCUUCCUCUGCAAGGCCCCGCUGGUGCCCGAGGGCACCCCUGUCGUCAACGCCCUCUUCCGCCAGCGCAGCUGCAUUGAGAACAUCCUGAGUGCCUGGGGUGCCCAAUGUCCAGGGGUGCUACACCAGUGGGUCCCAGUGCCCGUGGGUCCCAAUGGGUCCCAGUACCUGAUGCCCAGGGGGGUGCCCAACACCAACAGGUACUUGUAUCCAGUGUGA